CUUAAUUUGAAAGCUGAGGAGAUAGGGUGUGUCUUAUGUGUUUGGGCUGCAAACUUUGACAAAGAGAAUGUUACUAUUAUUUCCUUGUGAUGGUGUACAGAGUUAGUAAAGGAUAUUGUGCAAACAUCUACCUACAUCCUCUCAGUACUGGCUAGAGGAACAUUGUUUAUGUCACUCAUGCGCAAGCUCAGCUGACCAACCGUGCGGUUCUUUCGAUCGUUUAGACCAUUCGUGACGUAUGGCGUGAUUGUUUUUUGAGAUCUGUACUAGCGAGCCAGCCAUUUUAGCUAUUUAACAACAACAGUGUAUUUGAUCAACACUACCUUACUCCAAGGACGAAUAGAAGUCACGGCUAAAAUAAUGAACAUGUUACUAUCCAAACCAGGAGACAACUGACUGUACAGCUCAUAUACUCGUUGCCUAGGGGGUUUCACAGGGGAUAAUGUCCCAUCACUGAAGAUGGGAGGCAGUGGGUCCAAGGUGAAAGGUGCUUGGCCAUUUGCUGGUUCAGGAGCUGGAGGUGAUUCAGGCAGUGAGGGGCAAGAAGACCAGUCUUUGACCCGCCUCAAAGGGACCAGAAAAGCAACCCCAUUUAUUUUCACAAGGAGGAGCUCUCUUUACUAUGAUGAGGAUGGGGACCUGGCUCAUGAGUUCUAUGAAGAGACUUUGGUGACAAAAAAUGGCCGAAAGAGGUCCAAGCUGAAGAGGAUUCAGAAGAACCUCAUACCUCAGGGAAUUGUGAAGCUGAACCAUCCCCGGAUCCAUGUAGAUUUUCCUGUCAUCCUCUGUGAGGUGUGAAUCACAUUGGGCUGGUCUAAUGUGGAAAAGAUGUCAGUCAAAGGCUGCCCCACACUACAACUGCUCCAUCUUGAACGCUGGUGUAAGAUGGAUGAGAUGUCUGACUACAGCUGUGGACAGACCACUGAAGCUAUGUUGCGGAGAGAAAGGGGAGGUCGGAUAGAUGUUUUGGUGAAAGAUAAAGGAUAGAGUAAAAGUACUGCCUUUUGUAACAUGUAGAGAAGUGUGUGUGUGUGUGUGUGUGUGUGUGUGGGAGAGAAAGGUAGCUCAAGAAAGGGAAGGUUUAUGAAUUCCCACAGUACAUGUUGACCAUUUUCAAUUUUAUCAUAUCUAUGUCUGCCUCUGAUUGGAGCCAAGACCUGCACUAGUGAACUUUUAAUGUAAAUAAAAAUAAUCUGUCUGAGUUGGAAAUACUUGAAUAAAUGGUUUACCAGGCUAAAAUA